CAUUCCCUCUCACUCUCCCUCCUCUCUCCUUACAGUAAACUGUACCUAUUGUGGUGCAGGAUGCUGAGUUCAGAGAGGCAGUACGUGGCUGUAUUAAAGGGGGUGGAAGAGACCUACUUGCCCCUCCUGGAGGGUCCAGACACCCCCUCCUCCCUCAGGGGGAAAGCAGAUCUCCUGUUCCCCAAAUGGGCCAGCCUCAGCUCCUUCCACUCACAGAACCUCCUCCCAGCCAUGGAGGGAGCUCUACUGCAGAGUCUGCUGCAACAGGACCUCUUCAGUAAAUACAGAGAGGAGUUUCUCCAGUACUCUCACUACAUCAGGACUAAACCAGAAUUGGACUCCCCGUUGGUUACUCAAGCUGCGGACUUCUUUAAGCUCAGACUCCCGGCCACCCCUCCUCUCUCCCCCCUGUCGUUCCCCCAUUGUCUCCAGGCCCCUACACUGAGACUUGAACAGUACUGCGAUGCCUUGGAAGAGCUGGGAGGGCUAAACCCUGCCUCCGACUCCUCCCUCUCCGUCCUCAGACACGUCCAGCGUCACGGCGAGGACCUCCGGGCCAGCGACCUAAUCGUCGGGUGUCCGGUCCCAGUGGCGGAGCGCGGAGAGUUGGUGCGUCAGGGGGAGCUGUUGGUGUGUGGGGGGACCAGGAGGAAGAAGACAGGGGUGAGGAGUGUGUUCCUCUAUCAGCACCUCAUCAUCUUCACCAAGCAGAAGAGUCCCGGCUCAGGACGCACCGCCUACAGCUUCAAACACAGCAUCAAGACGGGUGAGAUGGGUCUGACCCAGAGUGUGGGUGAGGAGGGGGUGAGGUUCGAGGUGUGGGUGCGUCAGGCCCCUCGUAUCCGGGACUGCCUGACCCUGCAGUGUCAGAGUGGAGAGGGGAGGGCAGCCUGGACACACGACAUCGCUCAGCUCCUCUGGACUCACGCUAUACACAACACAGAGUUGUGUCUGAAAGAGACAAUGUGUAUUGGUGUGUCUAGUAAGAUACUGCUAGACGUCACAGGAGCACCGGUAACAUCUGAACUCGACUCUAUCUACAAUCUGAAUGACAGAGUCCACAGUAGCUGUUCAGACUCUUCCUCUGUUGGCAGUCAGAAGGAGGGGGGGUCCCCAGCCUCUGGGAGGGGAAAAACACAGAACCAGUCUCCUUCCACUGCGGUGUAAUCUUCAUCUCAACAACAAACAAACUGGAUUCUGGACUCUGGACCUAAUAAAGACCAAAACAACAUCUCUAUGCAAGCCACUGGACGGGUCAAACUGGACAAGAAGUAAAGGACCAAAGAGAAAAGGGCAUACAGGAAACAAAGAGACAUUACGGCUCUAACUAACCCAGGACCUAGCAUCAGCAGAGCCUGCUGUUGGUGGCCAUGUUGGAUCGGCCGGACCCGGUUGCUCGCCGAGUCAUUGAUACCGUGGACACUCCAGCCACACAGUAGAGCCAUUGUCCUCCUUCAGCGGCUCCCCACUAGGCCAAACCACUCUGCCUGAACCACUGACUGGCGGCCAUGGCCUUCGUGCUUCCACUAUCUCCUAAAACAUACAGGAACAUUAUAGGAAAUAUAGCUUUAUACUGACUUUAUUGGACAUUAUUCAAAUGUAGCCUUUUACAAUGCUGUUUAAACAGUGCCGUUUUUUGGGGAUGUUAGUACUGUAGUAGUAGUAUAGAUUCUGUCUGUGUGGCCGUAUAUGUGGUAUGGUAUAGGCUAGGUGUGAUUGUGAUCUAUGCAAAUGAGUACAUGCGGGCCUGCAUGUACGAGUGCACGCAUCACACAGAGUGUGGAACACACGCAUACACUCUGCAGACAGUCUUAUUGUGCUAUAGACAGUAGAGUACUGUUCCAACACUGUGGCCAUCUUACAGCUUAGUACAGCAGCUAUAGACCAACCAGUGGGCAGAUAUCAACCAACGACAGGCAUGGUGCCCUACUCUCAGUAGGUCUUGCCUGGAAGUAAAGAGUAGAAUAAAUAAUAACAUGGAAAGGAAAUGUCCACAUCUUAUUAUAACCAAACUAUUAAUCUAAGCACUCAGAACCAAAUAAGCUGUUAAAGAGAGACUACCAAAGUCUGUAUUUUGAAGUGGUUUGUUAGUGAUGAUGUAAAAGCAAGUGAGAAUCUGGGCCAAAUGCUUACAGUGUGUCCAAUUGUUAUUGUUGAGGGUUUAAGGAAAAGUGGUAUUAAGUCUUAUUCAGACGUAAGUCUUAUGGUAACCGUAUAACUUGUUUUGGGGCCUUAUAGCCCUGCUCUGUAUAAAGAUACAGUAGCUAUUGGACUCGAUGUAGUAUUCUCGAUUGGUCUUUUCAAUGACUAUUUAAUUGAAUGAUUUUGUGAUGAAUCUUUUUCAUAUAAGCCAUAAUGUUAUAAUCACCAAGUGUACAAAUGUUUUAUUUGCUAGCAUAAGUUAAUGCAAUAUGAAGUUAGUUAGGUAUAGUGUGUAAAAUGAGUCAUUUGUUUAUGUCUGAGUAAUGUGCUUAUAGCUUUUAAUACGUUUUUU